GAUCCUCAACUUGCAGUCAUUGGUGGGUAAGAUGGCACAUACAAGUAUUUUGAUGGCCAUGGAAGAUUUCUACGCAGUUCAUAGGGACUAUAAGACAAAGCUGGUUCUUCACAUCAGAGAUUCCAAUGCAGGCAAUGUCCAAGCUGCAUCAGAAGCUGUUGACCUGCUGAAGAAUUACAAUGUCAGAGCCAUAAUUGGACCACAAAAGUCUUCAGAGGCAACUUUUGUGUCUGAUCUUGGGAACAAGAGCCAAGUACCAGUUAUCUCCUUCACUGCAACUAGUCCCACUCUUACAUCUGGCUCCAUGCCUUACUUUUUGCGUGCAACACCAAGUGAUGCAGCUCAAGUGAACUGUAUUGCUGCUCUAAUUAAGGGAUAUGGAUGGAGAGAAGUGGUACCAAUCUAUGAAGACACAGACUAUGGUAGGGGUAUCAUACCAUACUUGGUUGAUUCCCUCCAAGAAUUUGGAGCUUCUGUGCCCUAUCGUAGUGUGAUCCCUGUAUCAGCAAGCAGUGACCAAGUUGAGCGAGAACUCUACAAGCUAAUGACAAUGCCAACAAGAGUCUACAUUGUGCACAUGUCAUCCUCGAUUGCCUCUACUCUCUUCACAAAGGCCAACGAGUUAGGAAUGAUGAGUGAAAUGUAUGCAUGGAUUUUAACAGAUGGGAUUGCGAAUAUCGUUAACUCACUCAAUCCUCCAAUUCUUGAUUCAAUGAAUGGUGCAUUGGGUGUCAAAUUCUAUGUGCCUAAAUCAAAGGAACUUGAUGACUUCACUGCAAGAUGGGAUAAGAGAUUCAAACAGGACUACCCAAAUGAUCCGUCAGCUCAGUUAGGCACCUUUGGACUCUGGGGUUACGAUACUAUUUGGGCAUUGGCACAAGCAGCAGAAAAGGUUAACAUGGUCAAUGCCAUAUUUCAGAAGCAGCAGGACAAGAAGCCCUCGACAUGUUUUGAAACUCUGGGAAUCUCAACUAUUGGUCCGAAACUCAUAGAUGCAAUCUUACAGAAUAAGUUCAGAGGCCUAAGUGGUGACUUUGACCUUAAAAACAAGCAGCUGCAACCUUCCACAUUCCAGAUAAUUAAUGUUGUUGGAGGAGGUUCACAAGGGAUAGGCUUUUGGACAGCAAAGCAUGGAAUUAUCAGGACACUGGAUCAAAAUGCAUCAAAAACAACAAAUGCAAACUCUAUGCUUGAACUUAAUCCAGUGAUUUGGCCAGGAAAAGUAUAUGUUGUGCCUAAAGGAUGGCAGAUUCCUACUAAUGGAAAGAAGCUCCGAGUAGGUGUACGGACAAGCGGAUAUCCUGAAUUUAUGAAGGUGGAAAGGGAUCCCAUCACAAAUGCAACAACUGCUACCGGAUAUGCCAUUGAUGUAUUUGAAGAGGUGCUGAGGGGACUACCAUAUGCAAUACAUUAUGAAUAUGUAGCAUUUGAUCAUGAAGGGGCGAGCUAUAAUGAUUUUGUCUACCAAGUUCAUCUUAGGGUAUAUGAUGUGGCAAUCGGAGAUAUAACCAUCAGGUACAAUAGAACUUCAUAUGUUGAUUUUACCCUACCUUACACCGAGUCUGGAGUAGCAAUGAUUGUUCCAGUGAAGGAUGACACAAAUAAGAACACAUGGGUUUUCUUAAAGCCAUUAACUACUGAUUUGUGGUUUGGAAGCAUCGCAUUCUUCAUUUACACAGGGAUUGUCAUCUGGUUAUUGGAGCGACGAAUCAAUAAUGCUGAACUGGCUGGUUCAUUUUUUCGCCAGCUUGGGAUAGCAAUAUAUUUCUCCUUUUUUGCAGAUAGGGAGAGGGUGGACAGUAUUUUAUCUAGAUUGGUUGUCAUUGUAUGGGUCUUUGUACUAGUUGUGAUUACGUCAAGUUAUACGGCCAAUCUAUCAUCGAUUCUCACUGUGCAACAGCUUCAGCCCACAGUAACUGAUGUUCAUGAACUCAUUAGAAAAGGUGAAUAUGUAGGGUAUCAUAGUGGAUCUUAUGUGGGGAAUCUAUUAGAAGAACUUGGCUUUGACAGAAGAAAGAUCAGAGCAUACAAAACUUUAGAAGAUUUUGCUGAUGCACUCUCUAAAGGGGGCAAAAAUGGUGGUAUUGCUGCAGUCAUACAUGAAGUUCCAUACAUCAAGAUAUUUCUUGCAAAGCAUUGCAAAGGUUACACCAUGGUUGGACCAAUUUAUAAAUCUGAAGGCUUUGGCUUUGCAUUACCCAAGAGAUCUCCUAUGGUCAAUGACUUCUCCAGGAGAAUCCUCAGCAUAACAGAAGGAGAUGCCAUCAUUCAGAUAGAAAAGAAAUGGAUCGGAGAUCAACAUGUCUGUCAAAAUGAUGGUGCCAUCGCCAGCCCCAGCAGUCUAAACUUCAGAAGCUUUUCUGGACUCUUUCUGGUCACAGGUGUUGCUUCAACUUCUGCCCUUCUUAUAGCCCUGGUGAUGUUCCUCUACAAGAAUAAGCACAAGAUAAGGAACAGUAUAAGUCGAGUCCAGACUAAGGGAGGAUAUGGAUCAGCGCAUGCAAACAGUCAGAAUCAAGAAAGAGAACUAUAUUGCAACCAGGCCCAGAGCAUGCAGGUGACAGUGUCAAAUGAUCUAGAUGAUGAUGCAUGCCAACAGGAGAUAGAAAUAUCAAUCGAAGUCAGUAGUCCUGGUUCUGGAUUCCCAUCAGGUCCGGGCUUUGCAUCUUGCGAAACACCAAGCAACAGUGUUGUGCAAUGCAAGUCAGCCUAUUCCAGAUUUUUCACACCUCAUGAGCACAUGUGAUGUGCGUCCCCUCAUUUCAGUCAGUACUCAGUACACCAGCUGAUGAGCAUUUUCAGUAAACAAAAUGCACAUGUGAACUAGUGCAUCCCUGCAUUGCGUUUCAGUCAAUGAACCAGCAACCCAACAGUAAGAUUAUUGCCUGCGAAAACUAGUCAGGUGUCAAAUGUACAUCAACCAGGCAUAACUAUAAUCCAAGCCCCGCCAGAGUUAGACUACGAUGGUUAUUCACUUGUUUGUAUCGGAUUAACUACCCCAUUAUACUAUCAGAGAUGUAAGCAUAAGAACAACUAGGCAUCUACCCUUACGGAAACAUGAAUCUAGCAUGAGUGCGUGCAAAUGCGA